CUCAGACAAAGCCUCCUUUCUCAUUUGAUCUGGCUUCGACAAUGUCCUAUUGCUCUUUUCUCCGAUUUGUUUAUAAGUCAGCCUUACCAGGUACUAUUCAACCAGAUUCUCGGGUCCAAAGUCACGUCAUGUUUGAUACCGCGUCGCCGCCGUCGAUCUGCUCGAAAGGUGGAACAAAAACAAGUAUCUCAGAAACGGAUGCUCUGCGGAAGACGAAAGGGGGGAGCAGUAGCAGCAGAAGCAGCCGCCGCCUCCGCCGCCUUCGUGCCGUUUUCAGACGAUGUCCGAAGGCUCGCAGCAGCAGCGGGCGUCACGGAACGCAGCACGCGCCGAGAGGACGACAACGUCCUGCGGGGAGUGCAGACGGAGGAAGCAGAAGGCACGUACACCUACAACUUGAGACUUCUUUCCUUUAGCUGUUUACACUGUUUGUCGGUAUCAAGUGUUGGCUAAUCGCUCACGAGAUAUGCAAAGAGGCGUCUUUGCUUCGUCUUGGGCCCUCAUAUCCAAGGACCCUAAGACUAAUUCUGAUACAGUGUGACCAAGGUCAGCCAUGUAGCAACUGCCUCCGUCGUUUUCCUCAACCAGUAUGCGAGUACCGCGUAGGCAAGUAAGUCUGAGCUACCGCCCUCGUCACCGUUCCCUCCUGCCAGAUCUACGGCUGCUAUCACAAUGUUGUACAUGAUCUAAUCCCACAGCAGUCGCAUACCGGGAACUUCUACCUUCUUGACACCAGCAAGGGCAGGAGGUCGUGGUCCUUUUCUUUCAACACUACCAGGAGUAAGCUCUCCCCUGAUACAAGCGUCUCAGUCAGCAAGACCGCUCGGGAGUCCUUCUAUCGCUGGCUGGGCUGUAUCAGGUAUUUCGACGUCACAUCCAAGUCCAGGCUCGGAACCGGCAACAUAUCAAUCUACGCUUGGAGCACAUCGAUCAGAGGCAGAGCUCCUCAACAGCGAUGCAGAAUGUCUUCCACCGUCAGUCUCGUGGCUUCCAUUGGCCAACCCCGAUCGUAGUAUACUAGAUGUCGAUAUCUUCCAAGCAUCGCAGCAAGUCUUGUCACAUCGAUUAGCAGUCCCAAAGUUGAUUUUUGACAACUUUGAAACAGCCCAUGACGAAGACGACACUCCGCAGCAUGGACAGAGUCCUGGACCUUGGUCACGUCCAGCAGAGUCAAGGGUACAAUUCCCGGAGCGACCAGCCAGCGGUAUUGACGAGCAAAUAGCACUUUUACCUGUGGAUCAAAGCCCCUUGAACAAGAAAUUGCUUAGACUGUGUAAGUGGAAACAGCCCCUGAUCUGCCAAAGCCAUGAUCCUGAUAUGCGAGUACAGACAUCGCCGUUCUCUCUCGAUUCAAAGCCUCUAUCAAUGGCGACCCGAGCCCCAACAAUCCUUUUAUACGUUAUUACUCCCCCUUCUGCCUUCAAGAUCCUCUAGUGAUGCGGAUCAUUCUCUAUACCUCAGCCUGCUUCCUCCACGAGACUGGGGAUGUACGGACAGAUGUCCUGCGGACUUACAAAGGCCAAGCCAUCGCUAUGCUCAACGAAAGCCUGACCACGGACAACAGCAAGAGCACGGGGUCAAACACCGCCGCGUUGACCGCAACAGACGCAAACAGUUCAACCACACCGGCAAUUCAAAAGCCCGGCGAUGCGGCCAUCGCCGGCGUCAUUCAGCUCACCGUGGCUGAGUGGUACUGGGGCGAGUCGGACCAGGACCUAAGGUACCACCUCAUGGGCUUGCGAGAUAUGAUCAGAGUGCGCGGCGGCUUCAAUCAGCUCGGCAUGGACGGCCUCUUGGCGAAAAACGCUAUCGUUCACGAUGUCUCCAUAUCCCUCGCCCACGAGAACAGCCCACUGCUACUGACUCUGUCGCCUUCGGACGACGACCGUAAAGGCGGAGGAAGCGGAUGCAAAGGGUCGACGGAGUCAGCGACAGCAGGAGGAGCGGCAAAUUCUACACGUCGGGUCUUGGCGACGGCGUACGCUUUCGUCGACCCUAUAAAGGACGUCCCCCUCCGCAUGGCGAAUCUAUCGCCCAUGGUGAUACAUCUACCGAGCAGCGGAUCACUCCCGUCUUUCUCCGAUUGCGCCACGAGUCUGCGCAUCCACCCGGCGACGGCCUCGAUACUCGACAAUGUGAAGUACCUUCUUAGCGUCGUCGACGCGAUUUAUGAUGAAUCGACGACAUCAGCAACGACAAACUCAGCCUCACUGAAGGCCCGAGCGAUGGGGAAGUACAUGUAUGAACAUAUCAGCAGUCUUCAUUCAACCAUACCUGGACAUCGCCAAAGUUUGUCCUCAGAUCCUCCGACUCGAACGAAUUCACCACCCGCAAGCAAUUAUUCCGCCGCCUUCGAUGGAGAGUCCAUACGGAGCGGGAGUAUGUCUAGCACAGGUACGGCCGCCGGACCUGGCUCCGUUGGCCCGGGCCGAUCACCUUCGGGCCCGAAUUCCGACUCCACGACAUCCGAAUGGUCGUCAACCAAGUCACAUACCCGAGACGCUAGCGAUUCUCCGGCGAGUCCUCGAUCCGCAUACCACCACCAGCAGAGUCCGGACUUCAUGUACCAGGUUAUCCGAAUGACAGCGUUACUCUACACGCGGGCCGUCAUGACCCGGACGCCGCUGAGCGGGACAUGCACGGAAUCAGAAUUUCUGCAGAUCUGGACGACGACAUGGCGUGUACCCCUGUCGACAUGGAACGACACGGUGGGCAUCUUUCACUGGAUUAUGCUGGCUAUCGCGCCGGCAUGCCACCGGACGCCGCAUGCGCGCUUUGUGAAAAACAUGUUAACGAUCAGCACCCUCACGCUCGGAGUGGAAAACUGGGCAAUGGCUAUGGGUGCCGCGUCGACUGGCAUGCGGCUGCAGCAUUGGCUCGAGGGCCAAGACAUGGGAGAGCAGGAGGAGAGGGAGGAGUAGAGGAGGAGAGGGAUGGAGCGGCAUCCAGCAAGAGGAGGACGGCGCUCCGGGCGCGAAGAGCGGUGAGUGGGUGUGUAGCCAAGAAACACUCGACGAUUGCUGAAGAGACUCCUCCUUUGUAGUGGAGAGACUCCGUUCCCGCAAAGUCAUGGAUAUUGCUGGACACGUCGAGACACGGCCGCAUAUUGCAGGUCACAAAACCCGACAACGAAGGAAAACAAUUCCCUCCAUCGUCGAGGUGUGAAGGACGGGGCCACUGGCAAAAGCAGAUUACUGCGUUCUGCGUCGAGAAUGACAACCCAUAAGCGUAACGUCUGCGACAACAACAAACCUGCAAUUCUCGGGGAUUUGCAAGACUUCAACUUGCCACGAGGUGGUGAAGAAGGCGACGCUGCCGGCGGCAACACCGUAGCGCAGCGGUCUCUUCUCAGGGGUCAGCUUGCUGCUGGGAGCUACUGCAUAAAGGUAGCAUUGGGAGAGGAAAAAAAGAACAGACAGGGGGC